AUGGCUACCAAGGCGGCCUUUAAGCGGCUCACCCGUGAAUACCAAAACAUUCAGAAGGACCCAACACCUUUCAUUGUCACGCACCCAUCCGAGACCAAUAUUUUAGACGGUCGAUUCCAACCCUCGACCCGACUUUGUCUCAGCAUCAGUGACUUCCAUCCUAAAUCCUUCAACCCCGCCUGGGAAGUGUCUACAAUCCUAAUCGGCCUUCUCUCCUUCAUGACCAGCGAAGAGAUGACCACUGGUAGUGUCAGUGCCACAGAGAGUGAGCGCAGAGUGCUUGCUGCGCGAUCUCGAUGGUGGAAUUCAACUGGCGGAGGCUCUCAUGUGAGCGCCACCGCAGGCGUCACUCGGACUUCCAAGGGAAUCAACAAUGUCAAGGCAGGCGAUGGGGGUUUGAAGUUCCGCACUGAAUGGCCCGAGUUGGACCAGGAGAACUGGGAAUGGAUGAAGGAACACCGCAUCGACACCACUACUGGUCAGCUCUUGCCUGACCCUAAUGCACCUACGAAAUGCUCCCCUGAAACAAGCGCUCUCCGUCGACGACCUGUCGGCAGUGCGCCAGGACUCGGUGCCGUCAUGGAUGGACAAGUUGCGCGAGAGGCCGGUUGGGCUGGACGAAACAAAAUUUGGGUCGGUGUAGCGCUCUUCUUCGGAUAUGCGCUCAUCUCACGACUGCUGAACGAUGUGCGAGCCUAA